UGUCACACAUGAAUAAUGGCAUCUCAAUAACAAGGACAUUUACACAGUGGAGCCUGAGGAUUCCCAAUGUUCAGAAAGAUCUAUGGCUUUGAUGCCAAAGAUGCUAUGGACAGUCAAAGCAUGAUUUUUUUUUGGACCGUUGUCAUUCCAUUGUUUCUGACCGUUCAUUGCCUGGUGCCAGUCGGAAGGGAAAGAGGUUUUGACCUGUGCGUUACUUCAAGACAAGGAAUAAAGGAUUUAUCCAAUCAGACCCUCAGCAGGGUGCCUCCUCACCUGCCUAAAAUCACUGAAUAUCUAGACAUUUCCUACAAUAACAUAGCUGAAAUAGAUGAUAGGAGCCUUGUUGGACUAACCAAACUCUGCUUCCUGAAAGCAACGCACUGUGGUCUGAGGUUUAUAUCUCCUAAUGCAUUUGUUCAAACCUCUGGGAUCAAGGUCCUAAAUGUCUCUCAAAACUCCUUGUCAAUUAUCCCAGAUCUGUCGCUUCCUCAACUCCGGAUUUUAGACUUAACAAGCAACCUGUACGACAGCUAUCAAUUGCCAAGUACCUUUCAGAAAUUAACACACCUUGAAUUGCUUUUUCUUGGAAGUGGAAAGGCUUCUUUGGUCAAAAGCACUGACUUCACUGCCCUGAGAAAUAUAUCUGUAAAACAAUUUGGUUUGAGUGCAAGAACUGGGUGGCAGAGUUAUGAAUCAGGAUCUUUGACAAACCUCAGAUCUCUCCAGGAAAUGACCCUCAAUGUGCCUUUCUGUGAGAAGUUUGACAUUUUUAAGAACUUCCUCAUGGACUUGAACAGAACACAGACAACUAUACUAAGGCUGGUCAAAUUAUUUCCUGAUAACUGCACAGUAGCUGACGAUCCUUUUGAGACACUGAAAUCAAUGGAUCUGGUGAAAAAUCUCACCCUUGUAGACACUUGGGUUAACAGUUCUGUGAUGGUGAAGCUAUUGAAGAAUGCAUGGGUCUCGAAUAUACAACAGUUGGGUUUUUUUAAUAUUACUUACAAUGAAGACACACCGGAUGGCUUGAAUUUCUUUGGUCAGAACUACUCAGUCCAUCUACGUUCGGUAAUCUUUGACCACGUGGCCCAUUAUCAAUACAAAUACCCCUCAUUUAACAUAAGCGUUGAGGCACUCUCUCAGAUGACAUAUCUGAAAUUAUCUGGGACGGGCAUGAACAUCUCACCAUGCAACCUGAUAUCUGCUCUCCCUUCACUUGAAACCCUGGACCUUUCAAACAACCUCCUCGAUGAAUCUGGGUUCUGGUGGACAUUUUGUUCUUACACCUCAGUUUUCCCUGCCCUGAAACACCUCUCCCUGAGCCAGAACCGCUUUUUGAGUCUGUCCAUCAUCUCAGAAAAGACCCACCAGAUGAGGUCCCUCCAGUCACUCGACCUAAGCUUUAAUUCCAUUAGCAUUGGGGGCCGGUGCUCCUGGCCGAGACAUCUGAGAGAGCUCAACCUUAGUAACAACAACCUGGGCAACACUGUAUUCCGCUUCCUCUCUCCGCACUUUGAAUGGAUCGACUUGUCCAAGACAGGGAUAACUGCUAUAGAUCAGAAGGUCCUGUUGGAGUUCCCCAGUUUGACACACCUCUUCCUCAGCAGCAACAGUAUCCAGGUCCUUCCUGUGGAUCUCCAUGCGCCAUUGCUUCAUACUCUCUACAUCGACCAAAAUAUCAUUGCGACAAUCUACAUGGGGACAUUUGAGGGUCUUCCUCGCCUACGAACAAUCAAGGCAGGAAACAACCCAUUCAGCUGCUCCUGCGACUCGUAUUGGUUUGUGACGGCUCUGAAUAAAUCCCUGCUUCCUGAUUGGCCAUUGGACUACACAUGUAGCGUGCCACCGAUCCUCGCUGGCAUGCCAUUGGCUGACUAUAAGCCAGGAAAGCUGUCUUGUGAGUUGUGGCUCCAAGCUGCUAUAGCACUGUCCAUUACUUUUGUCAUCACCACGGCUUUGGGCUUCACCUUCUACGCCUGUGACGGUGUCUGGUACACUAAGAUGCUGUGGGUGUGGAUAUUGGUAAAGAGGAGAGGGAAGAAGAAGACAGAUAAGCUACGAGACGUGUCUUUCCACUAUCAUGCCUUCAUCUCCUACAGCCAAUAUGACUCUAGCUGGGUUGAAAGCAUGCUGGUUUCGACAUUAGAGCGCGCCGGUCUGUCUCUCUGCAUACACGAGCGGGACUUUGUCCCUGGCGAGUGGAUCAUUGACAAUAUCAUCAACUGUGCUGAAGCCAGCUACAAGACCAUCUUCGUGCUCUCCAAUAACUUUGUUCAGAGUGACUGGUGCAACUACGAGCUCUUCUUCGCCCAGCACAGAGCCGUCAGGUAUGGAAUUAUUCACAGUUUAAUAGCUACUGACUGUGUGUCUGUCUCUGAAAUAAUGUGUCCGUUUGUCCCUCUUGUUAGUAUUCAGGAAGACUCCUUGGUAUUUCUCCUCUUGGAGCCCAUCCCUCCAGACUCUCUUCCUAAGAAGUUCCUAAACCUGCGAGGUGUGUUGAGGCAGCAGACCUACCUUCAGUGGCCUGGGGCUGGGGCUGGUGAAGAAAUGAAGAGACAGGUGUUCUGGAGCAGUCUGAAAGCAAUGCUGAGAGUUGCAGACAGGAGCAUGGUACUGAAAGAUUUAGCUGUAGACAUCUCUGAGACAUUAUCACUGAUGGCAGAUCAGAGCUAAACAUGGUCAUAGACAUCUCUGAGACCUUAUCACUGAUGGUUGAUCAGAGCUAAACAUGGUCAUAGACAUCUCUGAGACAUUAUCACUGAUGGCAGAUCAGAGCUAAACAUGGUCAUAGACAUCUCUGAGACAUUAUCACUGAUGGCAGAUCAGAGCUAAACAUGGUCAUAGACAUCUCUGAGCCAUUAUCACUGAUGGCAGAUCAGAGCUAAACAUGGUCAUAGACAUCUCUGAGACAUUAUCACUGAUGGCAGAUCAGCGCUAAACAUGGUCAUAGACAUCUCUGAGACAUUAUCACUGAUGGCAGAUCAGCGCUAAACAUGGUCAUAGAUAUCUCUGAGACAUUAUCACUGAUGGCAGAUCAGGACUGAGCAUUGCAACUUUUUAUCUUACAUAAAUAUUAAUGCAUAAAUGCAUUACAUAUCAGUGCAUAUUAUUCUUUUUCUGUGAAAUGUUAAGGAUGUUGCCACAUACCGUCAAAAAAGUCACCAACUUAACAAAACCUUUUUUAUUAUGUUCUGAAGCAAUAUAUUUCUCAUCUGUUAUAUUCAGAUGUUAUGUUUUGCAAUCUCCAAAAAUGAAUCUAUAACGAAAGGCCGGCAUUGCAACAGACUGUACAAAUAUCCGACCAUUAGCGGAACGAGAUUGCGUGAACAGGAGGCACACUAUAUGAGGAAAGCCAAAGCACAAGUUGCAAUAUGUAAGAUCACUGUAUAACCAGCAUAAAUACACAUGUAAAUGACCAGCCAGAAGACAUCUUCAUUUAUUGUUUUAAAUGUAUGUUUAUUUUUUUCACAAAAACGUUUGUGCCUGAAAAAAUGUAAAAGUUCUUGCCGGUUUCUAUAAGUUUGGCAUCAACAUUUUCCAGAAUCAUAAUUUCUUAUAAUGCUUUUGAUGCUUUGAAGUCUUUUCUGUAAAUAGCUUCCUGUUGUUCAUGCACACAUUGAUAAGCUAUAUAUUUUUUUUUAUAUUACAUUUUUUCCUUGCCUAAUCCAACUUUUAAGAUGUAUUGCAUCCAUUACAGAGAUGCUUGUUCGAGUUGAUGUAGUCUAACUAAUUUUGGUCAAUAGCCAACACACUGCACUAGUCGUUCUGAAGGCGUGUUGAGUAAGUGUAGUGAUGGGUCGUUCGCGAAUGAACGUCUUUUUUUAAAUGUCUCUUUUUGGUGAAUGUUGGGAGCCGAAACGCAUUGGCGAAAGGAGCCGUUAAUUUGGAUCCUUAAUUUUUUUUAAUCAAACAGCGAGUUAAGUUCAGAUAAGGUGACUAAUUAUUUAGUGAAGAUUGUAAAUCCACAUUACAGAAUCUAUAAAUACUGUAGAUCGGAAGGCAUGCCAUUUUGUUCCAUGUGAAUUGUUCCACUAGGGUAAUGUCAUGAAAAAAAACAACAGGCGAUAUAAUACGAAAGGUAAGAUAAAAAGUGAUGGAACAUGAAUUCCACGCUCUCAAAUAAUUCUAGCCUAUGUUUUUGCCUUUCCAUUUGAGAUUUGCAUUUUCUUUCAUUGUUUUGGGGUUGUUUUGAAGAAUUUUAAACAGAACCGUUAUGGAGCCAAAUGAUCCGUCUCUUUCAGGUGAAUGGAGCCAGAAGAGCCGGCUCACCAAAAAGACUCAGACACAGUUGAAUGCCUGUGACUACUGUGGAACCCUAACUGUAGAACCCAACAAGCAUAACAGUUAGGAGUUCCAAGUAUCUACAUUAUGUAUACAACAUUAAAUAAUUUAAUAACACAUUCGGAGGGAAUUUUAAGUCUGUGAGUGCAACAACCAUGUCUCUGUUACUAAUACACACUCUCAUUGGUGGAUAUUACUCAUAUAUUAUUAAAAAGGCAUGUUGGGUUAUACAGCUCUGGAAAAAAUUAAGAGACCACUCCAAAUGUUUCUUAAAUCAGCAUCUCCAUGUAUGGCAGCCAU